GCAACGAUGUUUUAAGUACUUAUCAAUUUACUGACGGUCGCGCAACACCGAAUGUAGGACAAUUUCGAGCACCGUUCUCUGUCGCGGACGGCGCGAUGCACGAGCGAUAAAACGAUAAACGUUCCAAGAUCACAGAGAUAUCUAGAAGGUUGUCGAACGUUUAGCAAAGCGGCAAAAAUCAAAACGCGUUUCCUAGGAUUCGUUAUAAUCGAUGUUAUAUCUCUUACGUAACUGUAGGUACAGUAAAAAUGUACACGAUGCCGUGUUACGUAAGGAAGACAGUCCAGAUUUGAUUGUACGUAGGUUGCGGAUAAAAAUCGAGGUAUCAAUUAAAAUAAUUGGACAAUCGGCGGACGUGCAACGAAAUCGAUCAACGUUUCCAAAGGCGGACUCGAAAGAGCGGUUAGAAAAAGAGUUUUGUCGUAGAGGUAAUCGGCGAGGGCGAUCGAAUUGCUAAACUCGGUAUCGUAAUUAAAUAUUUAAUCGACCGAACAACGGCAGAAACGUGAGAAAGACUUUCGUGUCGCUUUUGUACGUUACAGGAAAGAUGCUCGGAAGUCGACUAGUUAUGAAAUUACGAAAGCGCUUAUGGCGACUGAACAUUGCCGAGCGUGUGAAGAUUCGGGAUACAGAGGUAACCGUCUGACGAAAGUGUCCAUUAAAAAGGAUGCUCUUCUUUUGAUUGCCUUACCGAAGAAAAACAAGAAAAUACCGCUCGUACAUUCUUUCGCUGCCGCUACAAUCAAACGUAAUAACACCCGCGCAUUUACACCGCACGACACGAGAACGGGGACAUUAAGAUACAAGGCGCGAUAAGAAUCUUCAAUUGAACCAACCUCGAAUUAGGUAGUUCAGCGGGAGGCACGACUUUCUAACGCCACCCUACUAUUCUUAAUAAUAGGUUAUUUAAUAAAGCGGGGACACGAGUAUCCUUUGUCAUCGGUGUUGUCAGUUCGCUCGCGAUACUACGAGGGAUUCUCGUUAUUCUCGAAACCGACGGACCUUCCCACGAACGUUACGCGGAUUUUGCAAACCGCCCGAUAUGUAAUUAAAGAUAAUUCAAUUCAAACAAGACGCUUAUACUCGGCAUUGAUUGUUCCGCGUGCAGGGUAUUAUUCGGAUACGGAUGCGCAACUUUGUUACCUAAUUCGAGACAGCACGGUCGCUAAAAUCGUCAAUCUGAUUACAUGGAAUUUGCACGCCAAUCUCGAAAAGUUCGCGGUUGCCAAUUACGCGCCGCUAAUUGGCAGUGAACGUGCCUCGGAAAUUAAAGGGGUACCGAGAGGAAGAAGCGUCAUGCAAAUCAACGAUUCGAUAGAGCUCGCGAUUCUCGUUUUCCGCUCGUUCGCUCGUAGCGCAAGGCCAAUUUAUCGCGAUCGGAAGAAAGGAGUCAACUUCCCGUUUUCUCGAACAAUCUUCUGUCCCGAACUUAAUAACAACGUCCUCGAGACGAUCUUCACGUGCUUUUAAUUCCAUGUAGGAAUCCUCGUUUCCUGCAUCGCGCAACCGCUCGAAGAUUUCGAAAUGCACGAGACACGGAUUCCCGAAUUUAGCUGACCCUGUACAGAGAUCCCCAAGAACGAUGCGAUCGAGUGAUUUCGGACAGCUUAAUUCUUACCGAAGCGUUCUUAAUCGGUACUUCGUGAUGAGGAUUUUCCGUUCUGAGAAUCUCACGAAAACACGUAUCUGAUCGAUAGGAAUAAUCCCGAUCUUCCUAGGAAAGAAUAGACAAAAGUGUAAUUAAUGGAUAGUAUCGCCUUCAAUUUACGAAACCUGCCGGAUUCGAUAAAAAAAGGACUUGGAGAGAAUGACAAAUUUUUAUACUUGCAAUACUUUGACCCGAUCGAUCGCCUGUCUCAUCGAGAGCUACCCUCUCCUUUGGGUAAAAAAACGAAGAACCCCGAUUCAAGUACGAUCGUUACGAGUGUUUUCACGGGUGUAAGAGCACGAGAAGGAUUGCGUAAGAGAAGAAUCUGCGGCAUCGCAGAAAUGGAUCCCUCCCCUACCUCCUUGGGAUCUUCUCUUUCUCCGUUCGUCCGGUGUGGGAGCCCCAGGAAAGAGGGGCUCUCAAGAACCCCCCCUUGUUCUUGCUCGAUCUCUAAAGCCAUAUAUAUACCACCACUUCGUGGUAGCAUCCUUCGAGAACGAAACCUUGUCCGCCACAUCGCGAAGACAAAAUUCGUAGGAGGUCCAGUGGAUCAGGACCUGAGUGCAUUGUGCGAUCCAAGACCAACACCCCCAGAUAAAUGAACACCACGUGGAAGGAUACUGCAGAUUAAGGUGAUUGGAUUUCCUACAAAAAAGAUGAUUUCGCGGUACCAAAUUUUGUGCGCGAUCCUGCUGUUCGGCGCGAUUAUGCUGUACCAAGCGAUGGCGCAAGUAGACGGUUACACGCCUGGUGUUGACUACCCGAUCUACGACUCUGUACCCUUCGGCCUCACGUUUACCUGCGGAGGCAAGUUACCUGGCUAUUACGCCGACCCUGAAGCCAGAUGUCAGGUGUGGCACUGGUGCUUGCCAAAUGGAAGACAAUUUAGCUUCCUUUGUCCAAACGGCACCGUUUUCAACCAGUCGGCGCGCGUCUGCGACUGGUGGUUCAAAGUCGAUUGCAACGACUCGCCAAGAUUGUACGGUAUCAACGACGACCUGUACAGGGACGUAAACGGAAACAAGAUCUAACGCUAGUCGCAGUAUCCAAAGAACAAUCCUGUACAGUCUUAACUUUAAAUAAGAAUCGUCCAACGUGUCGUGAGUUCCUAGCUUGCCGACGGAGAAGCGUUCGAGCAGCACGCUGCUAUACUCUCCGAUGCUAAAUUACACGACGCUCGU